GGCGAUGCAAUAACUCGACGGUCGCGCGCACUCGAACGGUAAAACCCAAUGCACUGUUCUUAUUCAAGAGUCUAGCCUGUUGUUUUUUUUUUUUGUUUUUUUUUGGCGAUUUUUUUGAAUUUUGUGUAAAUAAUAGAACUAUUUCUAAGUGCUUCCAACAAAUGUUGUACAAUAAAAGAAACCCCCCAAACAUAAGGUACAAACCUCGGCUAAACUAUAUCAAUUAUCUCUGUGAACAAACGUAGUCUAGACUAGAUUAAAUAUACAUCUACAAAUGUAGAUCUCUAGUCUAGUCUAGAUGACUAGGUCAAAGUAAUUAGAUCUAAUUGCAGUAGUAAGAGUUAGGUUAAAGAAAUCCAACCAAUGACUUGGUCAAUUUAUCUGCUGAAUUCAAACCUAACUUAAAGACAGUCAACUUUCUGAGAACUGACUGUUUGAUUAGAACUAAAUUUCCAUCUGAGCACUCGUUUAGUGAAGUGAGAGAUGGCAUUACUGCAGUUGAAAUGCUAGAACAAGAGACAUCUUUGAACUUGAAUCUUAACGACAGUCUUUACCUAAGUGCUGAGAUCAUGAUUGGCAUACUGACCGUCUGCGGUAACAGCCUGGUCCUGCUCACCGUCUAUUCAUCGCAGAACCUGCACUCAACCUCCAACAUGUUUCUCUGCAACCUCGCCGCAGCGGACAUUUGCGUAGGUAUGUUUGUGGCACCCAGCGCCAUGUUGACCCACUACGGGAUACCCUCAAAUUACUAUGGCUGCGUCUUCCUUAACUGCAUUGUGAUAACUUUCUGCGACGCUUCUAUACUAAUGCUUUUGGUCAUAGCCGCGGAUAGGUUCAUAGCAAUACGGCUUCCUUUUGAAUACCAGCGAGUCGUAAGCAUGAAUAGGGUCCAAACGGUCAACAUCACAGUUUGGGUCGUCAGCAUAAUCCUAGGAAUAUUUCCUAUGAUCGGGUGGCGACACCCACCGAAAGAAAUCCAAUUCUGCAGUUUCAAAGAUGUAACCAAGCUUGAGUACAUGGUGUACAUUCAAUUCUUUGGCGUCGUAUUGACUUCAUUCACUGCAAUGCUCGUCUCUAACGUUUACAUAUUCACCGUGGUCCGCAAGCACAUCCAACAAAUCGAAUCCAUCCGUGACGUGCUGGGUCUGCAGCCAGACCAAAACUUCCAGAGAUCGUACAUACGAGACCUGAAGACGGCUAAGAGCCUGGCUCUGAUGCUGGUGGUAUUCAGCCAUUGCUGGCUUCCUAUCGGCAUCCUGAACACCGCGCUGCUGUACUGCGAUGGCUGUUCCUUCUCACCCUCCAUGAUCCUCAUGGCGACAUCGCUGAGCCACGCAAACUCCUUCGUGAACCCUCUCCUCUACUCCACAAGCAACAGCUCCAUCAGGCACGCCAUGUGGAAACUCUUGUUCAGCGACAAGGACCUCGAGACAAAACAGAGCAGCCUCGAAUUUAUAUCUAGGAUGCAGACGUUGCACCAUAACUCCGCGAGAAUCAAGUCCAGCCAUUCUCUGGUCCAGACCACGUGCACAGCCUCAUUGGCGACGGAGAGGGAUUCUGAGAGCAAAGGUUACGCGGAAUACAACCUGGGAGAAGUCUCCACAACAAUUUUCUAGAAAGUUUCAACCAAACGUUGGCGGUGUUAAACUAUAUAGGUCAUGGAGAUUUACAAUUGGCUUAUUUUAUGUCAAUACAUUGAUUAUGUAACAAUGA